AUGGACGAGCAGGCGGGGCCCGGCGUUUUCUUCAGCAACAACAACAACAAUAACGCGCUGCUGCUGCCGCCGGGCGGGGCCGGGCCGGGGCUGGAGCCGGGGGAGGCGGCCGCGGGGGGCUCCUUGGCGGCGGCCGCCCCGGCCCCGGUGUCCGCGGCCCGGGCUCAGUACAGCGUCCCCGGGAUCCUGCAUUUUCUGCAGCACGAGUGGGGCCGCUUCGAGGUGGAGCGAGCCGAGUGGGAGGCGGAGCGGGCGGAGCUGCAGGCCCAAAUUGCCUUUCUUCAAGGGGAAAGGAAGGGACAAGAAAAUCUGAAGAAGGAUCUAGUGCGGAGAAUCAAAAUGCUGGAAUAUGCUCUUAAACAGGAAAGAGCUAAAUACCACAAAUUAAAAUACGGCACAGAAUUGAAUCAGGGAGAUAUGAAGCCUCCAAACUAUGAUUCUGAUGAAGGGAAUGAAACAGAGGUUCAGCCCCAACAAAAUAGUCAACUAAUCUGGAAACAAGGGCGACAGCUGCUGAGACAGUAUCUGCAGGAGGUGGGUUACACUGACACUGUACUGGAUGUGAAGUCAAAACGAGUGCGAGCUUUGUUGGGCCUCUCAAGUGAUGCAUCAGACAGGGAAAAUGACAAAAAUCAAGAAUCAAUGGUAAAUGGUACAGAGGCUGAGAUUAAAGAAAACGCAAUGAUUGGGAAACCAGAAUUGACAGACUCUGCCUCUCUGCUAGAGACCUUCAAAUUUCUUGAAAAUGCAGCUGCAGAUUUCAGUGAUGAAGAUGAGGAUGAAGAUAUUGAAGGAAGAGAGAAAACAAUGAUUGAUACCUCAACGAUGGUGAGGAGAAGAGUGGUGUCUGAUAGCAGUGAAGACAGAGAUACAGAAGAAGCUUUGAAAGAGUUUGACUUCUUGGUUGGAUCAGAUGAUGGAGACGGAGAAUCUAGAAGUUCAGGAGAUGGAACUGACUGGGAAAAGGAAGACCAGUGUCUCAUGCCUGAAGCCUGGAAUGUGGACCAGGGAGUAAUAACCAAACUCAAGGAACAAUACAAAAAGGAGCGCAAGGGAAAAAAGGGGGUGAAGAGGCCCAACAGGUCAAAGCUGCAAGACAUGCUUGCAAACUUGAGAGAUGUUGAUGAUCUACCUUCAUUACAGCCAUCUGUCGCAUCACCUUCUAGGCCGAGUAGCUCAAGGCUUAUUGAACAUGAGAUAAACAGGACAGAUGAAGUGGAAGCUUUAACGUUCCCUCCUACAUCAGGGAAGUCAUUCAUUAUGGGAACAGAUGAAGCCCUUGAAAGUGAGCUGGGUCUUGGAGAAUUGGCAGGCCUUACAGUUGCCAAUGAGGCAGAUUCACUGACUUACGAUAUAGCAAACAAUAAGGAUGCACUGAGGAAGACCUGGAAUCCCAAGUUCACAUUACGAAGUCAUUUUGAUGGAAUAAGAGGUCUGGCUUUCCAUCCAGUUGAACCAGUCUUAGUAACUGCAUCCGAGGACCAUACGUUAAAAAUGUGGAAUUUACAAAAAACAGCGCCAGCAAAAAAGAGUGCCUCUCUUGAUGUAGAACCUAUAUAUACAUUCAGAGCACAUAGUGGCCCAGUGCUCUGUGUGGUAAUGAGCAGUAAUGGUGAGCAGUGUUAUAGUGGAGGAACUGAUGGCCUCAUCCAGGCCUGGAAUACGACAAACCCAAAUAUUGACCCCUAUGAUUCUUAUGAUCCGUCUGUUCUAAGAGGUGCAUUUGUAGGCCACACAGAUGCAGUAUGGGGCUUGGUUUAUAGUGGAGCACACCAGCGUUUACUAUCCUGUUCAGCAGAUGGCACCAUACGUUUAUGGAAAGCUUCAGAAAUUGCUCCAGCUCUUAAUAUAUUUAAUGAUAAUCAAGAAAUGGGAAUCCCUUCUUCUGUGGACCUUGUGAGCAGUGACCCAAGCCACAUGGUAGCAUCAUUUAACAGUGGGCACACUUGCAUUUUUAACAUGGAGACACGGCAACGAAUUCUUACCUUGGAAUCCAACAUAGAUACCACCGCUAACUCUUCCUGCCAGAUCAACAGAGUUGUCAGCCAUCCAACGCUUCCUAUUAGUAUCACUGCCCAUGAAGACAGGCACAUCAAAUUCUAUGACAACAAUACAGGAAAACUGAUCCACGCAAUGGUAGCCCACUUAGAUGCAGUCACAAGUUUAGCUGUUGAUCCUAAUGGCUUGUAUUUGAUGUCUGGCAGUCAUGACUGUUCAAUUCGCUUAUGGAACCUUGAAAGCAAAACCUGUAUUCAGGAAUUUACUGCUCAUCGCAAAAAAUUUGAUGAGUCUAUUCAUGAUGUGGCAUUUCACCCAUCCAAAUGUUAUAUUGCCAGUGCAGGAGCAGAUGCUCUGGCUAAGGUCUUCGUAUGACACAGUGCUUCCCUUUCA